GGGAGCCAGAGUCCACGAAGGCUAACAGCUUUUAGCUGACUUUGUAACUUAUACCUGAUUCUAAAUGUUUUAGACAGCAGACUUAUAGCAUUUUUUUUAUUUUGAAGGCGCUAUAUAUUUAAUUCUGAGCCAAUAUAUUUAUACACAUACCUUUAUCGUUUAUUUUUCUAGCCUUCAUUUGACAUUUCAGGAGCACUGAACCUGGGUGUAGCACUGAAGCUGUCAGACACCAGCGACACCACACUUGUUUCGUGACAUGGAAGUUGUGAAAUAACGAACUAGACGAACCUGAGUGAUUUAACAACAGCAAAAACAGCAGCUCUGUCAAUAGCGUUUCAGGUAUCAACUGAAAUGUCAUGUGACAUGUCCUGUCCACUCGUAUGCUUGUCAUGACGUCGCUGUCAUCAGGGAGGUGAAGAAGAAUACAUGUAGACAUGUAGCUUGUUUUCCGCUGCUUAACACACUGUCUCAGCUUCAGCUCUGUUAUCACCGGUGACUCAUCAUGAUGCUGUCCACACUGCAUCUCGCGCUGGUCUUCUGGAGCACACUUAUUUACACACAAAGCCUUGAGCUCUUCGACUUCUCCAAGGACGAUGCGCUCACCUGCAGCAAGGGUCUUAAUGAUUGUGACAUAAAACCAGGUGAUAUAUGUCUUUAUCCCGAUGACAGAGUUUUUGUGAGUGGUCUUUCUGUUGAUGCGCUCUUGUGCAUCAGUCAUCAAGGCUUAAUCCGUCCAUGCUUAAGAAUUGGGAUUAACAUUACAGCUACAGGAGUCCAUGGGGAAGUAGCUCUGUCUGGAGAAGAUGGCUAUAAUGACAGUGAAAACGGGGCAAAGGAGCUUGGAAGUGGCCUGGAAUUACCUUUGUCUGUUCAAGUGUGUUACCAGGCCUCAGACUUCUCAGGUUCAAAAGAGCUCACUUUCACACUGGCCUCCAUAUAUGACCAGGCAGCACAGAUGUGGAUGUCAUUGAUAGUAAUGCUGAGGAAUACUGAUUUUGGCAGUUUAGUCACAGUCUUCUCUUCAAAAGUCAACUUCACAAUCAAUGUGCCUGCAAUAGACAAAGUUUGUUCACAAGGUCUGGCCAUUGCACAGUGUAAAGUACCCAUUCUGUAUCCAGAAAUCAACCACAAAACAGGAAUGGCAGAACUACGUGUGGGUGAUCUAGCCAAUGAUGAAGCUCGUGACCUGAAGGCUUGCCAGAGGAUGGAGGAAGAUGGAACAUGUUCAGGUCUAGAAUGGGAGAAUCCACUGAUGAUUCCAAUGAGCUCUGUCGCCCCCUGUCUCUGCUUUCAGCUUUGGUGGAUGAAUGGACCUCGAAAGACAUUUUGCCCAUUUCUUAACAAGACAGUUCUCUCUGUCUCUAAUGUAUCUGUGUCUGUGGUGGAGUCUUUGACUUACGAUAGUGGAACGGUUAGUAACAACACUGCACUUGUUUGGAACGUCACUGCCCCCUGCAGACUGGAGGCUGACAUUCAUCUCUGCAAGAAAACCUCAGGUUCCAACAAAGACUGCCAUGUAACAGAUGAUCUUAGGAACAGCAGGCAUCAUAUUCACAGGCAUCAGCCUCCAAAAUGGAACUUUUGUAGUAAUACGCAGCACUGGCAAUUACAGGGCCAGUUUGUUCAAGUGGAACGUCACCCUUCACUCUGUGUGCAGAUAAAGAUUACGGGAAUUGAAGGCCAUUUUGACCCUGUCUGCCCUUUUGAAACUCCCAGAACACACUGGAGUUUGUUUCUGUUGGUAUCCGUGCUUGUCAUGUGUCUGGCAGUUUUGGGAGCUUAUGUUCUCCAGGGAUUACUCAAAGCAGGUUGGAUAUUCAAAUGGCUAAAAAUGGAUAGCACCAGCAGUAGUGUAGGAAAUGGUCAGGUGGUGCUGCUGUACCCUCCGGAUGCUGACAGUGCUGUUGCAGUGCUAGUGUGUCAUCUAGGUUCAGCUCUCUCCUCACUGGGAUUCGGCGUCUCUUUGGAGUUGUGGAGCCGCAAGGAGUUGAAUGCACUCGGCCCCGUCCCCUGGUUGCACUCACGUCUUCACCGCAUGCAGUGCCAUGGUGGCAAAGUGGUGCUCGUGCUCACCCAUGCCGCUUGGGCGCGAGCAGAGGAUUGGUCUCGAAGCAGAGGAGAGAAGACAGAGCGGCGAGAAAACUACUCUGAUGUUUUCGGUGCCUCGCUCAGCUGCAUUCUUGCCGACUACCUGCAGGGCCGUGCCGGUGAACGCUUUGCCCUGGUACAGUUUGAGACACAACCGGCCGUGCCCCCGAAUGAAAAGGGAUCCAUGCCUGAGCUUUUUCGUGGUCUUCCUCUUUUCAGUCUGCCCUCUCAGAGCUUGGGAUUUCUGACUGAGAUUACUCAUGGAGCUCAGAAAGGACAAAAAGAAAACAAAAGAGCUGAGAGCCGAAGAACAAGGGCCAGUGUUUUGAGAGCAGGAGCACGGAUCUUAGCAGGAACGCUGCGAGAGCUAACAGGGGAAGCAGGAUACAAGUUAACGGAGGUUUCUCAGGAUUGCAUAGGAUUGGAGAAAGAUGAUCCAUGGGUCACUAUACCUCUAACGCUAGAGCACUUGACUCCACCUGCUAGUCCAGAGUUACACAGUGACAACAGCACUGUCAAUUGAUUUCCUGUAAAUGAGUUGGAAAAUCAUUGAAGUGCAUAAGACAUUGUUUUGUUUUAACUCUGAUGUACAGUUUAAAACUAAGCAAAUCAGUGUCCCAAUGAGCCAGGCCAUGAUUUGACUCGUUAGCAGUACAAUACAAGAGUUACUAUCAUGCAGAGUUUUGCAGUUCUCCCUGUGUUUGUGUCUAUUUCGUCCAGGGUUUCCAGUUUUCUACCUCAGUUUCCAGUUGCCCCUAGGUGUGAAUGUGUGUGAAUGUGUACUGUGAAGGAUGGCAUUCACCUUAUCCAGGGGGAAUCUGAAUCCCUCAUAACUCUGACCAUGGUAAAGCGAUCACUGAAGAUGAAUGAAAAAAUACCAUAUUUUUUAUACUCAGUACUGUAGGAAGAGGAGAUUAAAAUGUAAUUGUCAUUUGGUGCACACUGUAGCUCUUGGGUGGUAUUUAGAGGAGUUCCUGUACAAUCUGGUUGCUUCACCAGAUUGUACAGGUUGAAUAUCGCUACAUUCAAAUCUAACCAAACUAAAACUAGACAUGAAAUGGCCAAUGGAAAGACAGGUUUCUUUCUUUCUUUUUUCUUUCUUUCUUUCAAAGAUUGUUGAUAUGGCUUGUACCUGUGAUGAUCUAUGCCGUAUUCGUCCAUCAGAACGAUUUAACAAUUUAUGUUAAAUAAAAUAAAAAUUGUGAUUUACUAUGAAAUCAGACAGGUAUUGGCUCAACAGGACAUCAGUUGCUAAGCAGUAACCAGAGCACUAGGUUAAAACACUACCAGAAUAUAAUCUGGAAUCUUCUGUGUAACAACAGCCAGUCGUGAUACAGAAAUUUCAUUUACAUCAGACAUAGAAUAAAUGAUUUUUCUUUUUUCUUUUUUGUAUGCUUUUCUUAUCUGUCCUGUUUGUAAAUAGUAAUCCAGUGUGUAAUGGGUGUUGCAUUUGUGUGUCUUUCAAAUGUUUUUCUUUUGUUUUUGUUUUUUUUCCAGAUUACUCCAAAGUGCCUUCUGUUUACCUCAAAUAAAUAAAUAAAUAAAUAAAUAAAUAAAUAAAUAAAUAAAUAAAA